ACAUUUUAAAAAAUAAAUAAAACCACUUACUCUUUCUUCUUUCUUCUUUCUUCUUUCUCUCUCCUAUUCUCAUCUCUCUCCUAAAGUAAAAAAAAAAAUGAGAGAAAUCCUUCACAUUCAAGGAGGACAAUGCGGGAAUCAAAUCGGUGCAAAAUUCUGGGAAGUAGUAUGUGCUGAACAUGGAAUUGAUCCAACAGGUCAAUACAAAGGUGAAUCAGAUCUUCAAUUUGAACGUGUAAAUGUAUACUACAAUGAAGCAAGUUGUGGUCGUUUUGUUCCUCGGGCCGUUCUUAUGGACCUUGAGCCCGGUACUAUGGAUAGUAUUAGGUCUGGCCCAUAUGGACAGAUUUUUAGGCCCGAUAACUUUGUUUUUGGACAAUCUGGUGCUGGUAAUAAUUGGGCUAAAGGUCAUUAUACUGAAGGUGCUGAACUUAUUGACUCUGUUCUUGAUGUUGUUAGAAAAGAAGCUGAGAAUUGUGAUUGUCUUCAAGGGUUUCAGGUAUGUCAUUCACUAGGAGGAGGUACAGGGUCAGGUAUGGGUACCCUUUUGAUAUCAAAGAUCCGAGAGGAGUACCCGGACCGAAUGAUGCUUACAUUUUCGGUGUUUCCGUCCCCGAAGGUGUCCGACACCGUGGUGGAGCCGUACAAUGCAACACUUUCUGUUCAUCAGCUAGUUGAGAAUGCUGAUGAGUGUAUGGUGCUUGACAAUGAGGCCCUAUACGAUAUCUGUUUUCGAACUCUCAAGCUUACAACUCCUAGCUUUGGCGACCUGAACCAUCUUAUUUCUGCAACAAUGAGUGGAGUAACCUGCUGCCUUCGCUUCCCUGGACAGCUGAACUCUGAUCUCAGGAAGCUUGCAGUCAACCUCAUUCCUUUUCCCCGUCUGCACUUCUUCAUGGUUGGAUUUGCGCCGCUUACAUCUCGUGGGUCCCAGCAGUACCGUGCCCUCACUGUCCCUGAACUCACCCAACAGAUGUGGGAUGCCAAAAACAUGAUGUGUGCUGCUGAUCCUCGUCAUGGCAGAUACCUAACCGCAUCAGCCAUGUUUCGUGGCAAGAUGAGCACCAAGGAGGUUGAUGAGCAGAUGAUCCAUGUGCAGAACAAGAAUUCAUCUUACUUUGUGGAGUGGAUUCCAAACAAUGUCAAGUCCACUGUCUGCGACAUCCCUCCCACAGGCUUGAAGAUGGCUUCCACAUUCAUUGGGAACUCAACAUCAAUUCAGGAGAUGUUCCGCCGUGUGAGUGAGCAAUUCACUGCUAUGUUCCGCAGAAAGGCCUUCUUGCAUUGGUACACUGGUGAAGGCAUGGACGAGAUGGAGUUCACUGAAGCAGAAAGCAACAUGAAUGAUCUAGUUUCCGAGUAUCAGCAAUACCAGGAUGCAACUGCUGAGGAGGAUGAAUAUGAAGAUGAGGAGGAAGAUUACCAAGAGGCUUAGGUCUAAGAAUUAAGAUCUGGUUUCUCAGGUUGAGACAGCUUGUCUAAUUGUGAAAUACAUACAAUUGUUGCUGGUUUUUUAAGAGUAUUAUACUAGUUUCUACAUAUUGUCUUAGAAUAGAAUUUAGAAUUUUGCAGUUUACAGAUGUAAUCUGUUAAACUAUCUGGUGUGAUUGUGGCUACAAUGUUUGGUUUAAUCCUGGUGAACUUUAUAGUGUCAUGGCUGAAGACAUGGUAGAUGUUUGGUAUGUUUUUGAGGCAAAGUUCAUAAAAAAUUGCCGAGCUCUUGCCUGCUCUUGCUCAA